CUUUAGCAACUGGGCUGCUGAUGCAGCUGCACGCCUCUCCCAUUUUGUCCUUCUGCUUUGUGUCAAAGAAUAGUAAAAUAUGCCAUCUGUGUGUGGGAUUCCCUGGAAGUACUUUACUUAGUUUGCUUCCAGGAAGCAACGGUGUGGAAAUGAUGGCGGUGUGAGCCAGCAGCCCGCGCAGCGACCUGAUGUCUGAUUGUUUGGGUCUGUCAAAAAGCACCACGAUGAGGAAAGAAGGUUUGCAUGGAUUGUGUGCUGCCUGUGUCAGUCCAGCCCUGUGGACACGGCAUGGCAGGGAGAAGGGAUUUCCCUUCUGAUGGGAAAUGCCCGAGGAAUGUUGGCACCCCGCGCGUUGGUGUGUAAGCGCUGCUGAAUGGGCAGCUCAGCUUCUGUGUCACUCAGCCACGUGUGGCAGAGCAGAUCAGGCUUUGUGCAGGCGUGGGCCCAUCGCUUUGUGCCUUACAAGGAGUUGAAAACCUUCUCUUUUUGAGUCGUGUUUCCAAGUUUCACCACCAUCGGCGAAGCUGAUGUUGGUUUUUUUUGUCCUAUCCUUCAAUUCCGAGUCCCUGUUUUCCUAAAUGCACAGGAAUGUGGAGGUAACCACCUACAGCAAAGUGAGUGAUUGUGGUAUUUAUUUCUGAGCGCGGCACUCAUUUCUGUUUGGAGGUGUGCCUUAAUGUACGGUGCCUGUCUUAAUUCUGAGCAAGGUUCCAGUUGCGGCUGACUUGCCCAGGCUGCAACACGUGGUAGUGACACAGCCUUGGGCUUGUGAGUUUGCCUUCAUCGCACCUUUUAUUUCUGUGCCUUGCAGGGCAGCUCGUGCUGGAAGUGGGCGGUAUCACAGUGUGAGUGAAGGCCAGUGCAGGAGCAAUUUCUGAUGUGAGGAAGGAACUGCAGGCUAAUGGGCUCUGCGGCAUCUUUGGUCUGAAUGCAGAGGAAGCAGGAAUGAUCUUGCAGAAGAAGGUGAGGAACUCUUCAGCAGGAAGCCCCAAAGCUUGCAGAAAGCUGCAAGAGAGCUGGAGCAAGUGUGGAUGCCCAGGGGAAGUGCAGCCCCAGUGUUGGAGCAAUGCCGGGCCAUGGGGUGCUGCGGCCCAGGAACAGAGCUGUUCUGCCUUUGCAAGCUGGCUUGAAAGAAGGACUUUUCUGCCUUCCUAAAAAACAGAGGGCUGGCUUAUCCGAAUACUUGCUGAUUGUUUGGAAGCCCAAACCUUUCCAGCAGCCAAGCUGUAGGCAGGCAGGAAGCAGCAUCUGCUUGGUGUGAUUGUGCAGUGCCUGAGCAAGAGUGUGACCCAAGCUGGCUGCUCAGGAGUCAUCUGAAUUUCUCUGUUCCUUUACUUCAACUAACUCCACUGGGUGACGCUUGAGUUGGUUUCUCAGCCUUUGGAUGUAGGAGGUGACCACCACUCCCUUUGCUGUGAUGAAAGCACAGCGGUGAUGCAGGCACUCGCUGAGGUCACAGUCGUUGCCGGGCUGGGAGCGUUUGUGCCCCAGCUGGGAGCAGAGCUGGUGCUCUGGUGAGCGUGGUGCACGCAGGCUGAGCUGUUGUGGAGCUUCGUUGAGAGAUCAUCUGUGAGAGCCCGGUUGGAAGCAGCGCUGCGGCGUGUGCGUGAGCUGGGCACAGCUGAGGCCGAGCCGUGAGCAGCAACAGCAGCCGUGUGCUUCAAGGUGCGCAGCUAUUGAGGAGAUGGAGAAGAACGCUUGGUGCCAGAAGUCACGGCAGCUGUACGGAAGCUGGCUGUGUUUUGGGGACAGUUCUUGUAGCCAGUUGGUUUGGAGUAUUGCUCUGCCCGAUAGUUUAAAGUGCGUAGCAGGAGAGAGAACAGAAAGCUGGGAAAAUGCUUCUUUCUCGCUAUUUUUCACUUGCAGGUUCUUUCCUUCGGGUUGGUUUCCCAAAGGAGAUUUUGGGAAUCGAGGCAGUUGAAGAAAGCCAGUGAAGGCAGCUGUGUCCAAGAGUGGGGGCUGUGCCUGUGGAGAGGAGCCCAGGAAGCUGAGCUUCCCCUGAGACGUUCCCCAGCAUGUCUCAGCAGGGAGACAGUUCCCAUUCCUGCUUUGCGCGUGGAAAGAAGCCAUGCGGUGCUGUUCCCUGUGUUUGGGAGCAGCAGCCAGCAGGCUGCCCCGAUGCCAGCUGGGCCUUGCAGCGCGCAAAGGGACGCGACGGGGAUGGAGCAUCCUUAGCAGCAUGCAAAAGGACGGAGCCUGCGCGUCCGUGGGAUGGUGCUGGGCACGGGGGGAAACGGAAAGCCUCCCCAGAAGCUGAUGCAAGCAGGCUUGCAGUGAAGCGCAGCCUUCCAGGAAGGCCGGGGAGGAGCACGGAGUGUGGCCCAGCACCCAAGAGAGGGAGAGGAGCUGAGCCAAAUGGCAAGAUGUACGUGAAAGCUCCCCUGCAGGCUGGAGGGCUUCCUGGAACAGCAGGCCCCAGCACAGGGGGAAGAGCUUCCCCUGCAGUUGCCGACCGCUCCUUCUGCAAGACCGUGGCCGCAAGAAAGCGCAAGGGCAUGGAAGAAGAGGAGCAGCAAGCAGAGCUGUGUCCUGCCAAGAAACCAGCGAAGGUGGAGCACAGUGGGGAGAAGGCUCAGAGCAGAGGCGGUGUGCCAGCCCCAGCGCCGACUGAGCGGUUCCGGGCCUCCAAGCGAAGAGCAAGACGACAGAGACAGAAAGAGAGGAGAGCAGAAAUGAAGAAGGCUGCUCUGAGAGCUGCCGCUGCACAUGCAGAGUCCUCCGCAAUCAACAGCCUUGUGGAGAUGCUGGAGAAGCUGCAGCUGAAGGACUGAGUAGAGGCACAUCAGAAGGCAGCGGCUUCGUGGCAGCAGCCCAACUUGGCCCUCUGGUUGCAGUCCCUCAAUAAACACUUGGAGUUUUGCGUUCACAA